UUAGAGUCAGUGCUCUCCCGGGUCGAGUUUUCGCUGUCCCCAGACUGGAGACGAGAUAGCGAUGGAACUUGGGUAAUACUUGCGGGUGCGACUCGUCAUUUAAAGGUGAUGGAAUAUUGCGAAGAGUUGUUACCUCUCGAUCCCUUCUCAGCCGGGUGCAUGUGGUAGUUUCUCUCUAUCGUAUCACCUCACUUCCUUUCCCUUUCCGGGCUGCGCCCUCACUAUUUGCUGUUUAUGGCUGGGCCUGUUUAACGACAUCUACCUUCACGACCGUUAAUUGUGCGCAAUCUCUUUUCUGUCCUCUCUUCAAUAAAGUCCGUGUUGUAGUUUAAAGCUCUUCUGUCACAGCGUCAAAAUGCGCACUGCUUCUCGCCAGUGGCGCACCCGCGCGAAUGGUUUGCACAUAUUUAUUCGCGACGAUCUUCCAGAUGUCGCAGACGAUAUAGACUCCGGUUCAGACUCGGACGGGGAGUCAGAGGGGGGGCCAGAUACGCCAUCGCCGACGGCGGAUACAUUUCCUCCACCUCCUCCACCCCCUCCCCCUCCUCCACCGCCUCUACCUGAGGCUCCUGUGAAUACGGAUCCUACGUCGAUUCUGCCGAGUCCUACGGAGCCCGUACAGACCACACCCGCCAUACCAGAAGCUCCCACUCAGGAUCCGGCCCUGCAAACGACAACGACCACAAGCAGCAGCACCAUCGUGACUACGCAGCAAUCGUCCGUGACAACAACGUCGACUACCAGUGCUAGCGUGCUUCUUCCGGACCCCUCUACGCAAACGACACUUACCACAACAAGCAUCUCUGUGCCUACUCAGAACCCACCUCUUCAGACCUCACCAUCGGAAACGACCUCAACAACAAGCAGUAGUGUUCCAGUCAUCCAGGUUCCAUCCUCCCAAACCACCUCGACUACGAGCAGCAAUGUCCCCGUCUUAGUUCCUCCUUCCCAAACAACCACAACGGGAAGCACCGCGGUAUCUACUCAGAUCUCGUCUAUACAGACGACCGGCGUCAGUGUUCCUGCUCAGGUCUCUUCUUCGAGGACGACAUUGAUCACGAGCACCAGCGUGUCUGUUGCGGAUCCGGCGCUACCUACCACGGUUUCUACGAGCACAAGCCCGCCCGCUCAGAGCACCUCUGAGGGGGCCAGCGCUACGCCGAGCCUUGCCAGCGGCCAAGAGCCUCUGCCAGCGCAGUCAGGAGGGUCGGGCGGGUCAGACUCAGCUCGGGAUGGAGCUAUAGCCUUCGGUGUACUCGGGGUGGUGGUGAUCGUAGCCGCGCUGAUAUUCCUGAUAUGGCGGUGCCUGCGGAAGCGGAAGGCGGCAGCAACAGCGAGCGGACACAAAUCCCAUAAGCCCGACGCAGCCGCGAGCGGGCCCGCCACCAAGACGGAGUCCAAGAUCAUCGACGACCUCAUGACUGCCGCGUACGCGGCCGAAAACGGCGAGUACCGCAACAGCAUGCAGCCCCACGACGUCUACGCGGCCGAGAAGCCACAGCACCACGCUGCGUCAUCCGUAUCCGCUCCGGACGCCCGGCAGUCGGCCGUGCGGGACGGGCCGGCGCGGGCCUCGCACGCGGCCUCGCGGUCGACCAACUCGCUCUACGUGAGCCAGAUCAUGUCCGGGUUCUACAAGGGCCCGCGGAUCGAGUCGUUCACGGUGGCGCCGCACGCCGCGGCCCUCCGGAUGCCGCCGCCGCCGGCGCCGUCGGUGGCCGCGCGCACCGAGACCACCAACACCACCGAUACUACGUGGAGGACGUGGGGCGUGUCGCAGAAGAAGAAGAAGCCCAAGGAGACCUGGGUCGACAAGUGCGUUCGCCUCGGCGGGCUGCGGUAAAGCAGGCAGCCAACUAGGGUCUUUGCUACGUUGCAAGCGAUCGACGGUGCGGGCCGGAAAUAUAGUCAGGAUAAGUGACAUGUAUAA